UGUUCCUCCCCCACCUCCGAGACCAUGAGAUGCCGCAGCCGGAGGGAGGAGGCGGAGAAGAGUACGCAGGCGCGUUUUUUCUCUGCGCAGAGACCAAAGGCGCAGGAUAGUCCCCACCUUCCCGGAGGCGCUCAGCUGAUCUGGGCCAACUCGUGGUUGCUUUGGCAGGGAAGCUCAGCAGAAGUUGUGGAGGUGCCUGGAGGGAAUUUUGCUGCUGCUUCCUUCUCGACCUCCUCCAUCGCCACCAUCCCCGCCCACCCAUGGGGCUGUAACUGCCAUAUAUCUCGCCCGGUUAGGCUUCGCUGCAGAGAGAUCCAGCCAGGAUGCAGCAGGAGGGAAGAAGACGCGACUGGUACUGGUUUGUGAUCGUGCUCUUAGUUGCCUGGAGAAAGAGCGGCUCGACGGAGCCUCCAGCCCCGCCGAGCCCGGCAGUGCAAAGUCUGCAAGGAAGCUGGCGGUUGAGCAAUGGGAACGGCUCGCUGGUGCUGAGAGGGGAUGUCCCGGGCUGUGCGCACACCGCUUUGUACCAGCGGGGUUACAUCCAGGAUCCGUAUUAUAGGUUUAACGACCUGGCCUACAGAUGGAUCUCCCUGGAUAACUGGACAUAUAGCAGAACAUUCAAAACUCCUUUUGCUGUAAGCACAUGGCAGAAAGUAAAUUUGACUUUCGAGGGAGUAGAUACGGUAGCAGAGGUUGUCAUUAAUAAUGUUACUGUUGGAAGGACGGACAACAUGUUCAACAGAUAUAGCUUUGAUAUUACUAAUGUGAUUGAAGAGGUCAAUUCAAUUGAAGUUCGUUUCUUCUCCGCUGUUUGGUUUGCUGCUGAGCAGAGUAAAAUUCACCAAGCAUACAGGGUGCCUCCAGAAUGCCCUCCACCUGUGCAGAAAGGACAAUGCCAUGUUAAUUUCAUCAGAAAGGAGCAGUGCUCAUUUAGUUGGGACUGGGGCCCCUCUUUCCCCACUCAGGGAAUUUGGAAGGACAUUAGGAUUGAAGCAUAUAAUCUUUGCCACCUGCUCUAUUUCUCUGUGACUCCUCACUAUGCUCAAAAUGCACAGCAGUGGAGUCUCGAAAUAGAGUUGGAUUUUGAUGUGGUCAGCUCAAAACCAGUUGCUGGUCUUGUGACUGUGAGCAUUCCGGAGCUGCAAACACAGCAGACACAUGGUAUAAAACUUCGCCCUGAAGAAGGCAGCAUUGUAUUGUUCGUAAACAUAAGUAAGAGCGUAGCAGUGGAGACUUGGUGGCCAAGAGGACAUGGAAACCAGACUGGAUACAACAUGACGACAACAUUCAUUCUUGAGGGAGGAUACAAGAUUGAGAAGUUUUCUAAGGUUUAUUUCCGAACAGUAGAGCUUGUAGAGGAGCCAAUUUCCAGGUCACCUGGUCUGAGUUUCUAUUUCAGAAUUAAUGGACUUCCAGUUUUUAUGAAGGGAUCCAAUUGGAUUCCAGCUGAUUCCUUUCAAGACAGAGUGACCUCUAAAAUGCUAAGGCUCCUCUUGCAGUCAACAGUCGAUGCCAACAUGAAUAUACUUCGGGUGUGGGGAGGAGGCAUAUAUGAACAAGAGGAGUUUUAUGAUAUUUGUGAUGAACUAGGAAUCAUGAUUUGGCAGGAUUUUAUGUUUGCCUGUGCCCUUUACCCAACUGACCAGAGCCACUUAGACUCAGUAAGAGCAGAAAUUACUCAUCAGAUAAAGAGACUAAAAUCUCACCCAUCUAUCAUUUUAUGGAGUGGGAACAAUGAAAAUGAAGCAGCGAUUGCAAGUAACUGGUUCUCCAUUCCACAUGCAAAGUUGGACAUUUAUAGGAAAGAUUAUGUGACGCUUUAUGUAGAGAACAUCCGACAAAUUGUUCUUGCUGAGGAUAAGAGCCGUCCUUAUAUUACCUCAAGUCCUACAAAUGGGUUAGAAUCAGCUAAGGAAGGUUGGCUGGCCCAUAAGCCUUAUGACACCCAUUAUGGAGAUACUCAUUACUACAAUUACAUUGGUGACUGCUGGGAUUGGACCACAUACCCUAGAGCACGGUUUGCCUCGGAGUAUGGCUUUCAGUCCUGGCCUUCCUUCAACACCCUGGCAAAGGUGUCUUCUGAGGAGGACUGGUCUUACACAAGCAAUUUCUCACUACAUCGACAGCACCAUGCAGAAGGCAAUGAGCUAAUGCUUCAGCAGGCUGGGUUUCAUUUUAAGCUGCCUCAAGGAAAAGACUCACUCAAGAAAUUCAAAGAUACAAUCUACCUCACUCAGAUUAUGCAGGCCCAGUGUAUAAAGAUUGAAACUGAAUUCUAUCGCCGCAGCCAAAGUGAGAUAAUUGAUGGGGAGGGAGAAACAAUGGGGGCCCUGUAUUGGCAGCUCAAUGAUAUCUGGCAAGCUCCUUCGUGGUCGUCUUUGGAAUAUGGUGGCAGAUGGAAAAUGCUCCAUUAUUUUGCUCAGCAUUUCUUCGCUCCUUUAUUGCCUGUGGCACAUGAGGCUGAAGAUGUGCUGUAUAUAUACAGUGUCUCAGAUCUUCACUCAGACUACAUGAUGACACUCACCGUCAGUCUGUACCACUGGAGUUCACUGGAGCCGGUGUGUACCUUGGCUAAAGCGAAUGUGAUUGUUAAAGCAGGGAGUGCUGUCCCCAUCUACAAGAAGCCAAUUGGUGAUCUUUUGAAAAGAUGUGGAAACUGUACCAGGGAAAGGUGUGUUGUCACCUUUUACCUUGCAGCUGAAGGCAAGUUCUCCAGUCCAGUCAAUUACCACUUCCUGUCCUCACUGAAGGAUGCAGUUGGACUGCAGAAGCCACAGCUUACCGUUUCUAUUUCCCAAGACAGAGAUCAGUUCCAGCUUGUCCUGGAAACCACGGCAGUUGCUCCUUUUGUUUGGCUGGAUGCUGGGGACAUCCCAGGGCGAUUCAGCGACAAUGGUUUUCUUCUCACAGAGAAGCGAAAAGUCAUAUUGUUUUAUCCCUGGGAGACCACCAGCAUCAAGGAGCUGGAAGAGUCACUCAGAUUAACAUCGCUGACAGACGUUUCCUGAGGAAAACCCUGAAGAAAUGGAAGCCAAAGGGGAAACCGGAAACAGAAACAUGACUCGCCUUCUAGAGAUGCACAGAAUGGGACCAUUAAAUGUUGUUCUUCUGCCAG